GCCAAGGACAGCGACGAUGAGGAGGAGGUGGUGACGGUGGACAGGGACCACUUCAUGGACGAGUUCUUUCGAGUGGAGGAGAUCCGGGGCUGCAUCGAGAAACUCUCGGAGGACGUGGAGCAGGUGAAGAAGCAGCACAGCGCCAUCCUGGCCGCCCCCAACCCCGAUGAGAAGACCAAGCAGGAGCUCGAGGAUCUCACGGCCGACAUCAAGAAAACGGCGAACAAAGUGCGCUCCAAAUUGAAAGCCAUCGAGCAGAGCAUCGAGCAGGAGGAGGGGCUGAAUCGCUCCUCGGCCGACCUGCGGAUCCGCAAGACACAGCACUCGACGCUGUCCCGCAAGUUCGUGGAGGUGAUGACCGAGUACAACGCGACGCAGUCCAAGUACCGGGACCGCUGCAAGGACCGGAUCCAGAGACAGCUCGAGAUCACCGGCCGGACCACGACCAACGAGGAGCUGGAGGACAUGCUGGAGAGCGGCAAGCUGGCCAUCUUCACGGACGACAUCAAGAUGGACUCGCAGAUGACCAAGCAGGCGCUGAACGAGAUCGAGACGCGGCACAACGAGAUCAUCAAGCUGGAGACCAGCAUCCGCGAGCUGCACGACAUGUUCGUGGACAUGGCCAUGCUGGUCGAGAGCCAGGGGGAGAUGAUUGACCGCAUCGAGUACAACGUGGAGCACUCGGUGGAUUACGUCGAGCGCGCCGUGUCCGACACCAAGAAAGCCGUGAAGUACCAGAGCAAGGCCCGGAGGAAGAAGAUCAUGAUCAUCAUUUGCUGCGUGGUGCUGGGCGUGGUCCUGGCCUCCUCCAUCGGGGGCACCCUGGGCCUCUGAGGCCCCUCCCCCCGGCCCCGCCCCCCCUGCCCAGGCCCCGCCCCCCCGGUGCCCCUCCCCCCCCCGAUACCCCCGUGAAUUAAUUAAUCAACCGCAUCAAUCGCGAAUAAAUUAACGAAUUAAUUAAUUGCGAACGGACGAACCAGCACGUGGUGGUCCCGUCACCGCCGGCCACGCCCCCUUUAUUUUGUUUUCUCCCCCCCCGAGGCUCCGCCCCCCCCCGAGGUGUUGGCAAAUCUAAGCUCCGCCCCC